AUGCCCGAAUCAACAAGUUUGACCUUCAAUCUCCUCUCUGAUGAAAUCAGGCAAAGCUCCGCCAUUGGCGCCGAAGUCCAACUGCCUCCAGGAAUGCCCAUGCUGGACUUGGACCGCUUAACCGACAACGACAAAGAUACUCUCCGAAAAGCCCUUUUCGAGAAUCAAGUCAUUGUCAUCAGAAAACAAAAAGGCAUUGACCCCACUGUCUUGCCGAAGCUCGCUAAGAUUUUCGAUCCCAAUGCAUCCGACGUCCAUUCCGCCGGAGAGAAAGCUGUGAGCGACCCCAAGAACAUCUUGUCUGCAUACAAAGCAGGAAGAAUCCCCAGAGCCCCCCAGGUUGGAAUCAUCGGCUCGGGGAAGUUCCAAGACUAUGAAGGUCUGAAGGAGCUGGAGGUGGUGCAUCUUGAUCACACAUUGUUUCAUGAGGAGCCUCUCAGUCAAGAGGAAUUAGAUGACGGCUAUACCCGUCCAUACCGGUGGCACAUGGAUACCCCUUUCUACGAGCGUCUGCCAGGUGAAGUGACUAUAUUGCACUCAAUUCGCAUUCCCAAUGUACCGGAUCAGAAGAUCAAGUUCCCUGAUGGGAAAGAGAAGAUUAUCGGUGCUGGAGCCACGGCUUUCUUUUCCGGCGCUCGCGUAUUUUCUCUGUUGACGCCCGAGGAACAAGAAUUCGCCCUUAAUACCACAGUCACCUAUGCUCCCCAAGCAUAUGAGUAUAUCCGCCAAUGCAAAGCAUCCGAAGAUGGUCUGACGAUCCCGAAUUUUGGGCGGGAGAUAGCAGUGGAAGGAUUGUCGGAAUGGGCGUGGGGCAAAGUCGCCGAGCACCCGAUGGUCUGGCGAAACCCGCUGAAUCCCGACCGGCCAUUUUUCCAGGUGCAUGGUUGUUGCGUUUACAGGCUCACAACGCGGAACCCAGCGACAGGUGAUAUCACGGUGAUGGAUGAUGUUGAGAAGGUCAGAGAAGUGGUGUACAAGAUGCAGAGCAAGAUAUUUGCCGCUGAGAAUAUUUAUGCCCACGAUUGGCAAGAGGGUGAUGUGGUCAUUUUCCACAACAGGGGUGUAAUGCACAGUAUUACUGGGCAACUAGCCAAAUACAAGGAAGAGGAGGACAAGAGGAGGUUGCUCUGGCAAUGCACAAUGACAAGCACAACUCCCCCAAGCCCUUCCGGGACUACGAGGGAGUCAACGACACGGGGUACGUGA